GCGGUCUCUUCUCUCUUCCCAGGACUGAGGCGGCGGCGAGCGCGCAUGGAGCCUUGGAAGCAAUGCGCCCACUGGCUCAUCCAGUGCCGGGUGCUGCCGGUCAACCACCGGGUGACCUGGGACACGGCGCAGGUGUUCGACCUGGCCCAGACCCUCCGCGAUGGAGUCUUGCUUUGCCAGCUGCUCAACAACCUGCGCCCUCACGCCAUCAAUCUCAAGGAGAUCAACCUCAGACCUCAGAUGUCCCAGUUUCUCUGUUUGAAGAAUAUAAGAACAUUCCUUUUGGCUUGCUGUGAGACAUUUGGGAUGAAGAAAAGUGAACUUUUCGAAGCAUUUGACCUGUUUGAUGUCCGUGAUUUUGGAAAGGUUAUAGAAACAUUAUCCAAGCUUUCCCGCACCCCUAUUGCAUUAGUCACCGGAAUAAGGCCGUUUCCUACAGAAGAGAGUGUGAAUGAUGAAGACAUUUACAAAGGCCUUCCAGAUUUAAUAGACGAAAGUGGUGUAGAUGAAGAUGAAGACCUUUAUGAUUGUGUUUAUGGGGACGACGAAGGUGGCGAAGUCUAUGAAGACCUGAUGAAAGCUGAAGCAGCACACCAGCCAAAAUGUCCUGAAAACGAUAUAAGAAGCUGCUGCCUUUCUGAAAUAAAACAAACCGAAGAGAAAUACACAGAAACAUUGGAAUCCAUUGAAAAGUUUUUUAUGGUUCCCCUGAAAAGGUUUCUGACCACAUCAGAAUUUGAGACAGUAUUCAUCAACAUUCCCGAUUUGGUGAAAAUCCACAGAAGUUUAACACAGGAUAUUCAUGAAUCCAUCGUAAACAAAAGUGACCAGAACCUGUAUCAAAUUUUUAUAAGCUACAAGGAAAGAUUAGUUAUUUAUGGGCAGUACUGCAGUCAAGUAGAAACAGCCAUAUCCUGUUUGGAUAACAUUUCCAAGACCAAAGAAGAUGUUAAAUUGAAACUGGAGGAAUGUUCCAAAAGAGCAAAUAAUGGGAAGUUUACUUUGCGGGAUCUUCUUGUGGUUCCAAUGCAGCGAGUUCUGAAAUACCAUCUUCUGCUUCAGGAGUUGGUAAAACACACUAAUGACCAUACUGAGAAGAACAAUCUGAAACAGGCACUUGAUGCAAUGAAGGACUUGGCACAGUAUGUAAAUGAAGUGAAGCGAGAUAAUGAAACCCUCCGUGAAAUUAAACAAUUUCAGUCAUCAAUUGAGAAUUUGAACCAGUCACUUUUACUGUAUGGAAGACCACAGGGUGAUGGUGAAAUAAGAAUAACAACUCUGGACAAAAGGGCAAGGCAGGAUAGGCAUAUAUUCUUAUUUGACUUGGCUGUAAUUGUAUGCAAACGGCGAGGUGAUAAUUAUGAAAUGAAGGAAAUAAUUGAUCUUCAGGAAUACAAAAUAGCCAAUAACCCCACCACAGACAAAGAGAACAAAAAGUGGUCUUACGGCUUCUACCUCAUCCACAUACAAGGCCAAAAUGGGCUAGAAUUCUACUGCAAAACGAAAGAUUUGAAGAAAAAGUGGCUGGAGCAGUUUGAAAUGGCACUGUCCAACAUAAGGCCGCAUUAUGGAGAAACAAAUACUCAUAACUUCAAAAUGCAUACCUUUACUCGUGUAACAUCCUGCAAAGUCUGUCAGAUGCUUCUGAGGGGAACUUUUUGUCAAGGCUAUUUAUGUUCAAAGUGCGGAGCUGGAGUCCACAAAGAAUGUUUGGGAAGGCUAGACAAUUGUGGCAGAGCUAAUUUGGGUGAACACGGGACCCUGAAGCAUGAGAGACGACCAAAUGGACUCCGAAAGAGCUCCAGGCAUAUGGACCCAGGCUUACCAAAAAUGCAAGUAAUUCGAAACUAUAGCGGGACACCACAGCCAGCUCCACAUGACGGCCCUCCUUUACAUAUCCAGAUCGGGGACAUAAUUGAACUCAUCAAAGGGGAUGCACACAGCUUGUUUUGGCAGGGUAGAAAUGUAGUGACCCGGGAGCUUGGUUUCUUUCCAAGUGAUGCAGUAAAGCCUUGCCCUUGCGUUCCUAAACCAGUAGACUAUUCUUCCCAACCAUGGUAUGCUGGAAUGAUGGAAAGGCCGCAAGCAGAGACUGAACUUAUUAACCGGGUAAACAGCACAUACUUAGUGCGGUAUAGGACUACGGAAUCGGGAGAAUAUGCCAUCAGCAUUAGCAUUAAGUACAAUAAUGAAGUGAAGCACAUAAAGAUUUUCACAAGAGAAUGCUUUUUUCACAUUGCAGAAAAUAGGAAAUUUAAAAGUUUAAUGGAACUUGUGGAGUAUUACAAGCACCACUCUCUCAAAGAAGGCUUCCGAAGUCUGGAUACAACUCUUCAGUACCCAUACAAAGAAUGCGAAAAUUCGCUGGACCAAAGGAGCAACAGAGCAAGUGGCAACAGAGCAUGUGGCAACUCCCCUUCUUUGUUCUGUGGGUUUUCUUUUGUAACUCCUCCAGACUACAGCUUUGUUCCCCCUUCCUCCACUCCUUUCUGGUCAGCAGUGCUGAGUCCCAAGGUUCUCGGUAUCGCUAUUGCCCGCUAUGACUUCUGUGCACGAGACAUGCGCGAACUGUCCCUGGUCAAAGGAGAUGUGGUCAAAAUUUACACCAAGAUUCGUGCCAAUGGCUGGUGGAGAGGUGAAGUAAAUGGAAGGGUGGGUUGGUUUCCCUCAACGUACGUAGAAGAGGAUGAAUGAUUUGGAGACAUAGCUGGUACUCUCGAUCAUAAACUUCAGGGACUGUGAAUUUCAGCCAUCUGCAAAGCAUUAUUCGUCUUGUUAAGUAUUUGAAAUGCAGCGCUCCUGUCUGUUAAAACCCUCCAGUCUUAACACUGGGAUUACU